CGGGACGCAGGGCGGAGCCGCUGCAGGGGCGGGGCCUGCGGACAGGAGCCGGGGUUUGGGGCGGGAACCCCUCGUCCCCUGCUGACCCCGCCUGCUCGGGCGCGGGCGGCGGCGCGGCCAUGAAGCUGAAGCUGAAGAACGUGUUUCUCGCCUACUUCCUGGUGUCGAUCGCCGGCCUCCUCUACGCGCUGGUACAGCUCGCCAAGGGAAUGGAUCGAACCCUGCCCCUUAUGCAAAGAUUUAGAGACAGUGCCACUGCGUUAUCCUCAGGCCAGCCAUGUGACUGCCUUCCUCCCCUGCGGGCAGCAGCCGAGCAGCUACGGCAGAAGGAUCUGAGGAUUUCCCAGCUGCAAGCGGAACUCCGACGGCCACCCCCUGCCCCUGCCCAGCCCCCUGAACCCGAGGCCCUGCCUACUAUCUAUGUUGUUACCCCCACCUAUGCCAGGCUGGUACAGAAGGCAGAGCUGGUACGACUGUCCCAGACACUGAGCCUGGUGCCCCGGCUGCAUUGGCUGCUGGUGGAGGAUGCUGAGGGUCCCACCCCGCUGGUCUCAGGGCUGCUGGCUGCCUCUGGCCUCCUCUUCACACACUUAGUGGUCCUCACGCCCAAAGCCCAGCGGCUUCGGGAGGGCGAGCCUGGCUGGGUUCAUCCCCGUGGUGUCGAGCAGCGGAACAAGGCCCUGGACUGGCUCCGGGGCAGAGGGGGUGCUGUGGGUGGGGAGAAGGACCCACCACCACCAGGGACCCAAGGAGUCGUCUACUUUGCUGACGAUGACAACACCUACAGCCGGGAGCUGUUUGAGGAGAUGCGCUGGACCCGUGGUGUCUCAGUGUGGCCUGUGGGGCUGGUGGGCGGCCUGCGAUUCGAGGGCCCUCAGGUACAGGAUGGCCGGGUAGUGGGCUUCCACACAGCAUGGGAGCCCAACAGGCCCUUUCCUGUGGAUAUGGCUGGAUUUGCUGUGGCCCUGCCCUUGCUGUUAGAUAAGCCCAAUGCCCAAUUUGAUUCCACCGCUCCCCGGGGCCACCUGGAGAGCAGUCUUCUGAGCCACCUUGUGGAUCCCAAGGACCUGGAGCCACGGGCUGCCAACUGCACUCGGGUACUGGUGUGGCAUACACGGACAGAGAAGCCCAAGAUGAAGCAGGAGGAGCAGCUGCAGCGGCAGGGCCGGGGCUCAGACCCAGCAAUUGAGAUGUGGGCUCCUGUUGCUGCACAGGUCGAGCCAGGGUCCAAACUUUGGAGUCCUGGCUGCUCCAUCAGACAGAAAUCAGUUCUCCCAGGCCCCCAUCCCCUUGACAAGAAAAAGCAAUUGCUUCCAUCCAAAAACUUUAUUGAGUCUAUAUCAGAAUCAGCCUCCAGGCCUUCUCAUGUCACUUUCCCAUCACUCUGUUCUUUGCUGUUCCCUGGUGGUUCUGACUACAAGGGCUAGGCCCUAGGACAUCUGGUUUUCUUUCUUACCCCAGUCCAGCUCGCUGACUAUCCUCAGGCCCUCUAAUCCUACGAUCCCCCCAACCUGGAGCCUUGGUAAGGAGUUGUGAGGUUUUCAGACUUGUCCAUCCCUCCCUCUUCCUCACCCCAAGCUCCAGGCCUCUAGGCCUCAGAUAGAUCCUCCUUGGGAGGUGCUUCUGCUGGUGGGGCCUCCUCAGGUGCUGGCCUGCAGGCAACCCCUCCCUGUAGCCAUGCUGUUUUCAGCAUAUCUUUCAGCCCACUGGGAAAGAGAUAGCCCUGGGUCUCUCCUCCCGCAUCAAUGACCCCUCCAAGCCCCUCCAGUGCUGUUUGCAGGUACCUCAGGCCAAGGAGCACCAGAGCCUGUGGGGGAAGCAAGGGGAAAGAGUCAGGGAGAGUCAGCGGUUCCAAGAGGCCCAGGGUUGGAGGCAGGGAGGAGUCCCGGGUGGAAGGAGGUGUCAGAUGCUUUGCUGACUCACCUGCAGUAGGAAGGUGACAGCCAGCAUGCUACCCAGUGUGCCUGCCAAGUCCUGCAAGUGCUCCAGCAGCACCUCAUGGCACCCUUGGGUCCAGAGGUUUUGGUUGGGUUGUCGGGGAUCGAACAGGGGGUGGGCGUAGGAGUCUGAAAGACGGUUUUGCAGGCAAGGCCGGGGUGAGUGGGGGUUGCAACAGGAGAAAGGGACCCCAUCAGUCAGGUAUAGGCCUUCUACAUUGCUCUGGAUCCGGCUGCAAAGGGAGGGACAGAGGGGUUAGGAUGUCUGGAGAUAGAGGCCUGGGGGAGGGACUGAAGGGCACAGGUGUUCAGAAGGGAAAAAGAAUAGUAAAACAUUUACUGACUGCUGUACUAUGUGCCAGCCAAGCAUAAUUCACAUCUUCACAACAACUCUAUCAGAUAAGUACUAUUAUUUCCAUUUUACAGGUGAAGGAAUGGGCCCAGGGUGGUUUGGUAACAUGCCCUGGGUUUCACAGCUAAUAAAUGGCAGAGCUGUAA